AUGCGUGCAAUCAAGCAAAUGAAACUUGUGACAACACUUACUAAGAAUAUCAGGAUCAUCUACAGUGCCAUGUGUGUCUCGAUUAUCGCUGGAGGCACUUUCUUCUUCGUCUGUCUCUUCCAGUGCUACCCAAUCUCGUACAUGUGGGACCGCACUUCGCAAGAAGGGAAGUGCGUCGACAACACAGUCAUCACCGCUCUCGGCUACGUCUACAGUAUCUUCAGUAUCAUCACCGACUUCACCUUCGCUAUCAUCCCAGGCUUCUUGGUAUGGCACUUGCAGUUGAAGAGGAGGACCAAGGUUGCUUUGAUCCCGUUGAUCACCAUGGGUUGCAUCGCAAGUGCUGCGGUCAUCGCGCGCAUGCCCUUCGUUCAUUACUUCAACUCUCCUGACUUCCUCUGUACGUUCUCCUACCGCUACUUGUGGUACUGGGCACUAACGCUGUCAGGGUCCACACUUGACAUCGCUAUCUGGUCAUCGGUCGAACAAGGUCUCGCUAUCACAGCCGGUAGCCUUGCAACACUCCGCCCAUUAUUCUUCAUCGCCAUGCACAAGCUUGGUCUCUCCACCCGACCAACGGGAGCCUACCGUCCGUCCGCAUACGGCAUGUCCGCCCCUCUACCCGGAAACGCCGCUGGAAACUCCAAAGCCGACAAGCUCCGUCCCGACAUGUACAAACUCUCCGCCACUGUACAGACUCGCACUUCCGACGAUGAACCUAUUCCGAAUUCGAAUAAAUGGUAUGGCGGGAAGGCACCACCGAACUCGAAGAAAAGUACGCGCGUGGACAACUCUGACAACGAUAGUCAAAGGAGUCUAAGAAUCAAAAGCGCUCGGAGCAGUGCGGAGGAAGUCGACUACCAGAACGGCAUCAUGGUCUCCAAGUCUUUUUACAUCACGGAUGAAGAGCGGGGAUCGGUUUUGUCUGCGCCUUACAGAUGA